GCCUGCUGCUCCUCCUCCAACACAGGCUCACCGCGGAGGCAGCAGCGAGGUGUCCAAUUUGGGCACUUGAGGCCCGCGAUCCCCCGGGCGGUGGACGCCAAGCAGGGCAAGGCCAUUGGCAUGAAGACCCCCAACACACAGGACGCUGAAGGGCAACAAACCAGGGCAUCUGCAGGAAGGGCCACUGGAUCUGCAAACAUGACGAAAAAAAAGGCCUCCCAAAAGAAGCAAAGAGGCAGACCAUCCUCCCAGCCUCGCAGGAGCAUCGUGGGCUGCAGAAUUUCACACGGGUGGAAAGAAGGCGAUGAGCCCAUCACCCAGUGGAAAGGAACUGUUCUGGAUCAGGUGCCUAUAAAUCCCUCUCUUUAUCUGGUGAAAUAUGAUGGAAUUGACUGUGUCUAUGGACUGGAACUUCACAGAGAUGAAAGAGUUUUGUCUCUUAAAAUUCUUUCCGACAGGGUAGCAUCAUCUCAAGUUAGUGAUGCAAACCUGGCCAAUACCAUAAUUGGUAAAGCUGUGGAACAUAUGUUUGAGGGUGAGCAUGGUUCUAAGGAUGAAUGGAGGGGGAUGGUCUUAGCCCAAGCACCUAUCAUGAAAGCCUGGUUUUAUAUUACCUAUGAGAAAGAUCCUGUCUUGUACAUGUACCAGCUUCUAGAUGAUUAUAAAGAAGGAGACCUCCGUAUCAUGCCAGAGUCCAGUGAGUCUCCUCCAGCAGAGAGAGAACCAGGAGGAGUUGUAGAUGGUCUGAUAGGCAAACAUGUGGAAUAUACCAAAGAAGAUGGCUCCAAACGGAUUGGCAUGGUCAUUCACCAAGUAGAAGCCAAACCCUCUGUGUAUUUCAUCAAAUUUGAUGAUGAUUUCCAUAUCUAUGUCUAUGAUUUGGUGAAAAAGUCCUAACUGUUAGGGCAAACUUUGGCACAUUUGUGGAAACAAGUGUAUACUUUGUAGACAUGCAAAACAAUGUUGCUUUUCAGUGUAUUGAAAGCUUAAGGGUCCUUGUUAAUGCAACAUCCUUGCCAGCAUUACUGUUGUUUUGUUCUGAAAAAUACAAAUUUAUGUGGACAUG